CUGGGAGAAGAUUGAGUGUGCUGCAGUCUAGUAAAUGUAACUGAAUUCCGGUCAUACUGGAACUUAGUACAAUACUUAUGUGGGAGAUAUACCGUUAGGAGUUCCUGCAGAACAUCAGAUAUACAUAAGCCAGUGAUUGGUUCAGGAAGUGUCUACCCCGUCAGUUGUCGUACCAGGGUUGACCGCGAGAACUGUCCACCCAGCCUGUAAGGCUGUGCCAACGAGCCACACAUACCCACCAAUGAGCAAGAUGAUCCGUUAAACCCUUUCAAGAAUAAAAGUCUGUCCCCACCCCCCUCCUGCAUUUUGUCAUGACUGGGGAUCCUCGUUAGCGAUUGUCUCCACCAGGUGUGCAGCCCCUCGGGUGUCGAGCGAGCGAACCUUUGCCCUCAACACACCCACCUUUACAACAACAUCACUGCUGUAAGCCAGAUUUAUUCAGUGUGUCCCCAAGAAGUAAGCCACUCUGGAACUCUCCAAGAUUCCGCUUUGGUCCUUAGCCCAACCUCAAGAGGUUUCGCUGUCAUACCCUCUGGUUGAGGACCUGCCGUUCCGCCCUGAGCUGUGUUUUUAUGGGGGAAUGGCAGAAGGGUCUCUGUUCAGAAGACAGAAGUCAGACCUCAGUAUAGACAUGCCAGAACAACUUGUAGACAGCUCAAACGCCAUGGAGCAGGGCUCCCCCGGGAGCUUUUGCAGUGACAGUUCCUCGGAUGACAAGCCAUGCGGUAAGCAGAAUUACACAAUGGAACUGGAUGUGAUGUGUCGUAUUUGUGGCGACCGAGCCUCGGGGUUCCAUUACGGCGUCCAUUCCUGCGAAGGAUGUAAGGGGUUUUUCAGACGUACCCUGAGGAAGCGCCUAGUGUACAAGCCGUGCUUGCGUGGAGGUCGCUGUAAGAUAGAACCGGGCACGAGAAACAAAUGUCAGUACUGCAGGUUCCAGAAGUGUAUGGAAGCUGGCAUGUCUCAUGAUGCUGUUCGUUUCGGAAGGAUGCCAAAGACAGAGCGCGAGAAGCUUUUAAUGGACAAAGAAGAAAUGCAGUCGACCUGUUCGGAGAGGAUCCUGGAGUUACGGUCCUUGGCUGAUACGGUGAAGAGCGCAUUUCGUGAACAUUUUACCAGCAUUUCCAGCUUUGUCCACGAAGCCAUUGUACCCAAGCAAGAACCAAUGGAAACCAGGGAUUGUGAGGUUCAGGCAUCCACCUCAACAGACAAGCAUGUCCUACCAUCUUACUACCGUCAGCAAUCCCCUUGUAACGAGGCCACGCGGUUCGUCGGCUGGAUGGAUGCCAUGGUGUUUGAACAGCUUGAAGUGUUCAAGAGAUUCCAGCAGAUGCUGAUUCCAUCCAUAGAGGCUACAGCCAAAUUUGGUAAAAAGAUCCCGGGCUUUGCCGACCUUUGCAUGAAUGACCAGAUACUCUUGCUAAAACAUGCCGGCUUUGAGAUUGGAAUCGUUAUGCUCCACUCCCACCUGGACCAGCAUGGACUGCUCCUCCAUGCCCCGUGUAAGGGGGGUCAAGUGUUACUGUUGAGGGCAGCCAUCUCCUCCAGUCAGGAAGCCAGGCUACUCUUAGAAACACCUUUAAACGUUGUCGACAAACUUAUCCAGAUGGAACUGCUUACUCGGGAGAUCGCUUUAUUUUGUGCAAUUCUCCUGAUCACGACAGAUCGAGAAGGUUUACAGAACCCAUCCAAAGUAGAAGACAUUCAGAGUCAGUUGGUGGACGCCCUGCGCUUGGAACUGAAGAGGAACCAUACAAAGAAACCGCUUCUGUUUGGGAAACUGCUUCUUCUUAUACCUGACCUUAGACAGAUAGCCCACGAAUUUGCUCAAAAUGUGCAUCAAAAGAAAUUCGACAAGUCAGAGUCGCUGACAAAAGUUUUGCCUUUAUUCAGAGAAAUUCUAGAUCUAGAGUGAUUGUGGUUCAGUUAUUAUUAUGAUUAUUUUUUCCUCCGUUUUGCAUUUGUCGUAAUCAGAAUUGACUGUCAACUGAUUUCAGGAGUGAUAUUGGUAUUCAGUUUAUUUUUUAUUUAUUAUACAAGCAGCGAGAAAAUUAUGUAUGAUAUACUCUUUGUGGGGGGGAAAAGUGUUGGUAAUCUUAGCCUUGUAUAUUACCACAAACAGUCAACCUGCCCCCUGCACUUCUGCUUUGAGUAGUUCUUGUAUUGACACAACCAGACACACCUUGUGGUAUUACUGAAGGCACAGUGUAUAACACAACCAAAGGCACAGCAUGUGGCUCUACGAGAGACAGAUUGGGGCACUACCACCACUUGUGGCACAGUCUGUAGCACUACCAGAGACACAGCUUGUUGCACUUCAAAAGGUACAGCUUGUUCUAUUACCAGUUGCACUACCGGAGGCACUUCACAGAUUGUGGCACUACCAUAGGCACAGCUUGUGUUGUGGCACUA